AUGCCUCCUCCUUCUAUCAAUCUAUCUCAUACCUACUUUUAUCUAUUUAUCUAUUUCAUGCCUACUUCUUUAUAUCUAUCUAUCUAUCUAUCUAUCUAUCUAUCUAUCUAUCUAUCUAUCACAUGCCACCUUCUAUCUAUCUAUCUAUCUAUCACAUGCCACCUUCUUUCUAUCUAUCUAUCACAUAUAUCUCAUGCCUCCUUCUAUCUAUCUAUCUAUCUAUCUAUCUAUCUAUCUAUCUAUCUAGAUAUCUCACGCCUCCUUCUAUCUAUCUAUCUAUCUAUAUCUAUCUAUCUAUCUAUCUAUUUCAUUCCUCCUCAUAUCUAUCACAUGCCUCCUUCUAUCAAUCUAUCUUAUACCUCCUUUUAUCUAUUUCAUGCCAGCUUCUUUCUAUCUAUCUAUCUAUCUAUCUAUCUAUCUAUCUAUCUAUCACAUGCCACCUUCUAUCUAUCUAUCUAUCUAUCUAUCUAUCUAUCUAUCUAUCUAUCUAUCUAUCUAUCACAUGCCACCUUCUUUCUAUCUAUCUAUCUAUCUAUCUAUCUAUCUAUCUAUCUAUCACAUGCCACCUUCUUUCUAUCUAUCUAUCUAUCUAUCUAUCUAUCUAUCUAUCUAUCUAUCUAUCUAAUGCCUCUUCUAUCUUGGUUUUGA